CAGGCGGCGGCGGCGGCGGCGGCGGCGGCGGCGGUACUAGUGUUAGAAGGAGGAGAAAGAGGAGGAGGCGAGAUUCACACAGACGGCGGCCGCGGCCACCGUCUUGCCGCCCGCCAGUGCGGGCGUCUCGCCGGGAGAGUGCGGCGUUUGGGGGGGGUGUCGGCCCCCGUGCCUCCCCCCUGGGGUCCCGCGGCCGCCGCGCGCCGGGGCUGUGGGGCUCAGGCGGCGGAGCAGGAUUCCCCGAGAAGGAGGAGGCGGGAGAGGAGGAGGAGGAGGAGGAGACAGUGCUGGCGGCUGCGGGUCCGGGGAGAAGAUGCCGCUGGCGCAGCUGGCGGACCCGUGGCAGAAGAUGGCUGUAGAGAAUGCGAGCGACAGCGCUGAAAAUGGGCAGCAAAUUAUGGAUGAGCCUAUGGGAGAAGAGGAAAUUAAUCCACAGACUGAAGAAGACAGUAUCAAAGAAAUUGCAAUCACGCAUCAUGUAAAGGAAGGACAUGAAAAAGCAGAUCCCUCCCAGUUUGAACUUCUAAAAGUACUAGGGCAAGGAUCGUUUGGAAAGGUAUUUCUAGUAAAAAAAAUCUCAGGAUCUGAUGCUAGACAGCUUUAUGCAAUGAAAGUAUUGAAAAAGGCCACACUGAAAGUUCGAGAUCGUGUUCGGACAAAAAUGGAACGUGAUAUCUUGGUAGAAGUUAAUCAUCCAUUUAUUGUUAAGUUGCAUUAUGCUUUUCAAACAGAAGGGAAACUAUAUCUUAUUUUGGAUUUUCUCAGGGGAGGAGAUUUGUUUACACGCUUAUCCAAAGAAGUGAUGUUCACAGAAGAAGAUGUUAAAUUCUACUUGGCUGAACUUGCACUUGCUUUAGAUCAUUUACAUAGUCUUGGAAUAAUCUAUAGAGACCUUAAACCAGAAAACAUACUUCUUGAUGAAGAAGGCCACAUCAAGUUGACAGAUUUUGGCCUAAGUAAAGAAUCUAUUGAUCAUGAGAAGAAGGCAUAUUCUUUUUGUGGAACAGUAGAAUAUAUGGCUCCAGAAGUAGUUAAUCGACGAGGUCAUACACAGAGUGCAGAUUGGUGGUCUUUUGGUGUCUUGAUGUUUGAGAUGCUUACUGGUACUCUACCAUUUCAAGGGAAAGACCGAAAAGAAACUAUGACUAUGAUCCUCAAAGCCAAACUUGGAAUGCCACAGUUUUUAAGCCCUGAAGCACAGAGUCUUUUACGCAUGCUUUUCAAACGAAAUCCUGCAAACAGAUUAGGAGCAGGGCCGGAUGGAGUUGAAGAAAUUAAAAGGCAUUCAUUUUUCUCCACGAUAGACUGGAAUAAAUUGUAUAGAAGAGAAAUUCUUCCACCCUUUAAGCCUGCAACUGGUAGACCUGAAGACACAUUUUAUUUUGAUCCUGAAUUUACUGCAAAAACUCCAAAAGAUUCACCUGGCAUUCCACCUAGUGCUAAUGCACAUCAGCUUUUUCGAGGAUUCAGUUUUGUAGCUAUCACAUCUGAUGAUGAAAGUCAAGCAAUGCAGACAGUGGGAGUACAUUCAAUUGUCCAACAGUUGCACAGAAACAGUAUUCAAUUUACUGAUGGAUAUGAAGUAAAAGAAGAUAUUGGAGUUGGGUCUUAUUCUAUUUGCAAGAGAUGUGUACAUAAAGUCACAAAUAUGGAAUAUGCAGUUAAGAUUAUUGAUAAAAGCAAAAGAGACCCAACAGAAGAAAUUGAAAUCCUCCUCCGUUAUGGACAGCAUCCAAAUAUUAUUACUCUAAAAGAUGUCUAUGAUGAUGGAAAAUAUGUCUAUGUAGUUACAGAACUUAUGAAAGGAGGUGAACUACUGGAUAAAAUUCUUAGACAGAAAUUUUUCUCUGAACGAGAGGCUAGUGCUGUACUAUUCACAAUAACCAAAACUGUAGAAUAUCUUCAUGCACAAGGGGUGGUUCACAGAGAUUUGAAACCUAGCAACAUUCUUUAUGUAGAUGAAUCUGGUAACCCGGAGUCUAUUCGAAUUUGUGAUUUUGGCUUUGCGAAACAGCUAAGAGCAGAAAAUGGUCUUCUGAUGACUCCAUGUUAUACUGCAAAUUUUGUUGCUCCAGAGGUUUUAAAAAGACAAGGAUAUGAUGCUGCAUGUGAUAUAUGGAGCCUUGGUGUUCUUCUUUAUACAAUGCUUACUGGCUACACUCCAUUUGCAAAUGGUCCUGAUGAUACCCCAGAGGAGAUACUGGCACGAAUAGGCAGUGGAAAGUUCUCACUCAGUGGUGGCUAUUGGAAUUCCGUUUCAGACACAGCAAAGGACCUUGUUUCAAAGAUGCUUCAUGUAGACCCACAUCAAAGAUUGACUGCUGCCCUUGUGCUUAGACAUCCCUGGAUAGUUCACUGGGACCAGUUGCCCCAAUACCAGCUAAACAGACAAGAUGCUCCACACCUAGUAAAGGGUGCUAUGGCAGCUACAUAUUCUGCUCUAAACCGCAACCAGUCACCUGUUUUGGAACCAGUAGGCCGUUCUACACUUGCCCAGCGGAGAGGUAUUAAAAAAAUUACCUCAACAGCCCUCUGAAGUGACCUCAGCCAUUUAUUUGGUACCAUGGUAUAAGAUGAUAGCACAAAUCAUGGCAACAGGUAGCACAUACCUGAGAGAUACCUGCAAGCACACACUGUCCCAGCUGGUACCCAUAAUGCUGCUGUUCCUGCUGCUCCUGCUUUCAUCUGUUCUUGCUUUAAAUGAUUGUUGGCAAGUUAAACUUUUCUGGAGCUUUGAAUGGAAUGAAUAAUGGAAGUAAUGAAGAUAUGUUCACUGAAUCAACCAGAAGAGUCAUGAACACCACCUCUGUCAUUAAAUAAAAUAUAUAUAUAUACACAUAUAUAUUUAUAUGUAUAUAUAA